AACAACAUAUCACAUAUUAUAGGGGAAAAACUUAAAAAAAAAAGUCAUCAGACAUGGGCGAGGAGCAGAGAAACGCAUAUCUGGACAAUGUGCGUCUUGAGGACAUGUUGCCGCCAUGUCCUAAGUUUAAGACAACUAUGCAGACCCACUACAUUGAACAUAAGAACUUGAAACGUAGACAACCAUGUUUAAAAACGAAACAGAAGGAUGAGUCCCUCAUCUCCGGUCACUAUUUAAACAAUCUCAACGUUAAGGAUCUGCAAAUGAAGACACGAACGUGGCCUCGUUCUAUGGACUGGCGCGAGGACUACCGCCAAUUUCUGAGGAGAAUGAGCUGGUGCAAUGACGAGAUAUUCAAGCUCUUUUUUGAGUGUCCCAAAGUCCGCUACGAUGUUGCGGAACAAUUUCUAAGGGAUCUACAAAAGACAGUCUACUGCAUGGACUAUUCACCAAAGGACUUCACGUCGCUGGUUAGCCAAAAGCUUUAUUUUCAAAACCGCAAGUAUGAUCAAAAAAUUACUGAUUAUCAAACCACCUAUGCCAAUUAUUACAACCGCAUACAAGAGGUGGGUGCCUUUAGAAGGCUUAUGUACUGUGAACCAAAACCCAAAGAUAUUUCUUUGGAAGAGUUUAACACAGAGAUGCGGAAACUGUUUAAAAAAUAUAAUUUGACGACUUAUUUUGAUGAAAUAUGCGGGCCAGCGCUGAUGAAGGCCAAGGAUGGCAUCAUGCCCAGCGGUCCCAUCGAUAAAUACACUCUACGCAAGCACUAAAUCAAAGGAAAAUACAUAUAUAUUAAAUUAACCGUCUUAUACUCACA